UUACUCCCCGGGUAUCAGGGGAGUACCGUCACCGAGACAGAUCGGGAUCUAGAGCGGGCAUGGCAUCCAAUAGGGUCUCUUUCUCGCAAUACCGUCUGGAAGCGGAGAUCGACCGCUAUAGAGCAGAGUGCCAGUGGGACAAGAUACCCACUAUCGUAGAGCAACUCGUGGCCGCCAGAUUUCACGAAGACGAUGACUAUGGGACGCUGUUAUUGGCAGAGGCCCUGCUGGAGGAGUGUCUGCAGGACAACCUGAGGCUGUUACGCAAUGCUACGCCUUUGACGGACAUCAACCAGCCCAAACUGUCCCGGUCAAAGGGCUACCUCAACUCCAUCCUGAGCAGGGGGCUCCUGGGGCCCAGGCACCUGAAUGAGGCUCUUCUCCUGAUGGCCAAAAUACACUAUGUCCAGGGCCAUUACCGUGAUGCCCAGGGCAUGUGUGCAAGGGUGGGCAUAGACGAGCUGACGGGGGACGAGCAGCCCGUCUACCACCUGCGUCUGCUCGCAGAGGCCUUUGUCAUCAAAGGUCUGUCCCUGGACCACCAGGCAGUGUCAGCUGCCUCCCGCGUCCGUCUGUCUGAGCGAGAGGAGGAAUGUCUGUCCUGUUACCUGAGGGCCUGUGACACAGCUCUCGUUUACCUGCAAGAGCUCGAUAAGAUGGUGGUCACCCCUAGUUCUAAAGUAGUUAAGGCCAGUUUGGCCCCUCCACCACUGGACAUUGACCUGGGCUUCUUCCAGCAGGCGGCGCUACAGAGUGCGUACCUGUGUCUGCUACAUAGGGGUCACCUGGCCCAGGGAGCCCACCAGCUGCGUAGGGUCCUCGGGGUGGUGGAGUCUCGAGGCUCCCAGAGCUUCAGGAAGGCUGCAGCGCGGAAGCUGGCUGAGGUGUUGCUGAGCUCGGUGAGUGAGGACAGCUACUGGGCCCCCAUGUCCCUCCCACCCUCCGCCUGGCUGCAGAGAGAAGGGAACGCCGGGCCGAAGGACGCCAUCUACCCCUCCUCCAAACCACCCCAGCGCUACAGUACUGACAGUGUCUUCUGUCCCCAGGACGUGGUCGAGGAGGCAGUCCUCCUGCUGCUCAUCACAGAAUCCAUGGCCAGCGGAGAUGCAGUCAUCAGCCGAGCGCCCGACCAUAAGGAGGCACAGGAGACCAGUCUGCAGGACGCCACCUCGGUCUACGACCUGCUGAGCAUCGGCAUGGCCAGGAGGGGGCAGUAUGCCAUGCUUUCUGAGUGCCUGGAGCGGGCCAUGAAGUUCUCGUUUAAUGAGUUCCACCUCUGGCACCAGUUGGGCUUGUCACUCAUGGCGUGUGGGAAGGGUGUGGGCGCCGUGUCUGUGCUCAAGGAGUGUGCCAGGAUGAGAGCCGAGGACCCCUCACUGCCCAUGUUGGCUGCCAAAGUCUGCAUCGGCCAGCUGCACUGGCUGGAGGAGGCAGAGGCCCUGUCUCAGAGUGUGGUGUCCAUGGGAGAGGAGGCGGCAGAGUUCCUGCCCCGUGCGUACCUGACUGUGGGGCUGUGCUGCAGUCUGCAGGCCUCUGACGCCACUCUGAAAGCUCAGCGGGAUGGGUUCAACAGACGGGCGCUGCAAAAUCUGCAAAAAGCCUAUGCACUGGACCCCAAUGAUGCUAAGAUUGCCCUCUACCUGUCGCUCCAGCUGGCUCUUGUACGGCAGGUGGCAGCUGCCAUGGAUCCCCUGCAGGUGGCUCUGUCUCUGCAUGGGGACGACCUGCACUCUCUCCACCUGCUGACCCUGCUGCUCAGCGCCCAGAAACACCACCAACAUGCCCUGGAAACCCUCACACUAGCCCUCAGUCAACACCCCGAGAACUUCAACCUGCUGUUCACUAAGGUGAAGCUGGAGGAGGCUCUGCAUGGGCCAGGUAUAGCACUCCAGACCUGCCAAGACAUGCUGCAGCUCUUGCAGAGGCGCUAUGACUUCAUACGCACCAGUGAGGGGGAUGACAGCAGCAGUAUCCACCCACCAGAGCCACUUCCCCUCAGCCACAAACCCAGCGGUCUCCACCUCACCCUGCCAGACUUCCAGGACUCUGAGACUGGUUCUCAGAGUGGUCCGUCCCUCGCUGCGUCUCGUUUGGGGCAGGCCACUUCAGAGGUGUCAGCCAUCAGCUCCGCCCACAGACAGGGUCCCGCCUACAUCUGGACCACCCUGGAGCGCAUCUGGCUGCAAGCAGGAGAGUUGUUCAUGGCAGACGGACGUGUGAAGGAGGCCCAGUUCUGUGUUCAGGAGGCAGCGGUGCUCUCUCCCAACUCCCACUCUGUGCUGCUGCUGAGGGCCCGGCUGGCCGAGCUCAAAGGGAACCAGGACGAGGCCAAGAGCUUCUAUGACGAAGCCCUGGCCAUCCACCCCAAUGGACACCGCAUACUGCUGCACCUGGGCCAGUUGUUGGUGCGGUGUGGGCGUCUGGGUCUGGGGGAGAAGGUGCUGCGGGACGCGGUGCAGGCCGAGAGCACGUCACACGAGGCAUGGAGCGGCCUGGGGGAGGCCCUGCAGUUACAGGGCAGCAGCCAGGCUCCAGACUGCUUCCUGACAGCCCUGGAACUGGAGUCCUCCUGCCCCAUCAGGCCCUUCACCAUCAUACCCCGCGAGCUGUGAGGAGCAGACAGAGGCUACUACUGUAUGACAUGGUUAUAAAUACACACAUAUGCUCAGGCACACACACGUAUGAUCAUUUAAACGUACAAAUUUGUGCAAUAUAUCUUCUCUUGCCCUGUCUCAUUCUUUUUGCUCUCUUCUCUCUUGCCCAUCUCCUCCCUUCUCUGCUCUCCUCAUAUCUACAGUGAGCUCCAAAUGUAUUGGUACAGUGACACAUUUGUUUUGUUUUGGCUCUGUACUCCUACACUUUGGAUAUAAAAUUGUCCCCCCCCCCAUUUUAGGGGACCAAAAGUUCACCUAUAUGUGUAUUAAAGUAGUAAAAAGUUGAGUAUUUGGUCCCAUAUUCCUAACACGCAAUGACUACAUCAAGCUUGUGACUCUACACAUUUGUUGAAUGUAUUUGCACUUUGUUUUGGUUGUGUUUCGGAUUUAUGUUGUGCCCAAUAGAAAUUAAUGGUAAAUCAUGUAUUGUGUCAUUUUGGAGUCACUUUUACUCUAAAUAAGAAUAGAAUAUGUUUCUAAACACAUCUACAUUAAUGUGGAUGCUACCAUGAUUACGGAUAGUCCUGAAGGAAUCGGGAAUAAUGAUAUGAUGAGUGAGAAAGUUACCGAUGCACAAAUAUCACCCCCCCAAACAAAUGCCAACCUCCCCUGUUAUUGCAAUGGUUAGCAUGUCUUGGGAGUAUGAUAUUUGUGCGUCCAACUUUCUCACUCAUCAUUAUUCACAAUUCAUCCAGGAUUAUCCAGAAUCAUGGUGGCAUCCACAUAUUAAUGUAGCAGUGUUUAGAAACAUAUUCUAUUCUUAUUUACAAUAAAAGUGACUCCAAAAUGACACAAUACAUUAUUUACCAUUCAUUUCCAUUGGGCACAAAAUAAUCUGACUCCCUAACAAAAAGCAAAUGCAUCCAACAAGUUUGUAGAGACA